UCGAAGUGGGAGGGCCGCUGGGGUGAGGCGUCGAGAGGAGAGGAAAGCAGAGAGAGAGAGACGGACGCUGGCUCCGGCCAAGACGCUGAGAAAGACGUUCGGUGUCUUUUGUGAGGGAAGGGAAAACAACAAAACCCACCCUUUUCCCCCUCAGUCUGUUUAAACCCCCCCGGGGCGAGAUACUCCAUGUUUUCUCGGCGCCCGGGAUUUCCCCUCAGUUCCACACCGUGCCGCCUCACUCCUCCUCGCCACCUCUCCCAUCUUUUGUGAUUUUAUUUGUCUUCACAUACAUAUAUUUGCGGGUUUAUUUUUGUUUUCUUCUUCUCACACCCUCCCCACUCCCCCCCCCCCCGCCCCGCGUUAUGUCUUGAUAAUUUCAUGGGGCUUCUAAGAAUUAUCAUGCCGCCUAAAUUGCAGCUGCUCGUGGUUGUGGCGUUCGUCGUUACGGUUUUGUUCCUGGAGAAGCAGAUCCAGAAGCUGGAGGAGUCUCGGGGAAAGCUGGAGAGGGCAAUUGCAAGGCAUGAAGUCAGAGAGAUUGAACAGCGCCACACCAUGGAUAAUCCGAAGCACGACCAAGGAGGAGAUGAGAUGGACGACAUCAUCAUCCUUUACAAUCGUGUACCUAAAACCGCCAGCACCUCCUUCACAAACAUUGCAUAUGACCUGUGUGCAAUAAACAAGUACCACGUCCUGCAUAUCAACACAACCAAAAAUAAUCCUGUGAUGUCUUUACAAGAUCAAGCAAGAUUUGUUAAAAAUGUUACAACAUGGAAAGAAAUGAAGCCAGGAUUUUAUCAUGGACACGUGGCGUUUCUGGACUUUACAAAGUAUGGUGUGAAAAAGAAACCCAUAUACGUAAAUGUAAUCCGAGACCCUAUUGAAAGACUGGUGUCCUACUACUAUUUUCUACGCUUUGGUGAUGACUACAGGCCAGGACUAAAGAGAAGAAAGCAAGGAGAUAAAAAGACGUUUGAUGAAUGCGUUGCAGCUGUUGGGUCAGACUGUGCUCCAGAGAAACUUUGGCUUCAGAUUCCUUUCUUUUGUGGCCACAGCUCCGAAUGUUGGAAUGUUGGAAGCAAAUGGGCUUUGGAACAAGCCAAAUACAACCUUGUUAACGAGUAUCUCCUCGUCGGAGUAACUGAGGAAUUGGAAGACUUCAUAAUGCUCCUGGAGGCAGUCUUGCCACGCUUCUUUAGAGGAGCUACAGAACUAUACCGUACAGGAAAGAAAUCUCAUCUUCGAAAAACAGCAGAGAAGAAAAUGCCUACGAAAGAAACCAUAGCCAAACUGCAGCUGUCCGAGAUCUGGAAAAUGGAAAAUGAGUUCUACGAGUUUGCCCUGGAACAAUUUCAGUUUGUUAGAGCUCAUGCAGUGAGAGAAAAAGAUGGCGAACUUUACCUCCUUACCCAGAACUACUUGUUUGAAAAAAUCUAUCCGAAAGCAAAUUGAACAGUUUUUACUAGAAUUACCUGAGAAACUGCAUCAAGAAAUGUCUUUCUGCUGAAUCGGUUGUAAUCUUGGGGGGG